CUAAUACUUAAUUAUGAGUUCAACAAUAACUAGUAAUCAAUUAAUGUCCAGACAAUCGUUUAGCCGAUUCGGUGAUGAUUUGGCUCAACUAAUACUGUCUUAUCUGCCAAUUGAUGCCAAAUUUCGCCAUCAAUUUCUCAGUCGUCAGUUUCGUCGAGUUUUGUUUGACACACAAACAGAUUUACGAUUUGAUGAUAAACUGGUGGAAAAUUUUGGACUAAAGAAACUCAACAGAGAUGUCCAUCUGUUUGAGGCUAUCGUCAAGAAGUGUCCAAACAUAACACGUAUUGUAUUGGACUACAAGUAUUUAUCAAUAAAUUCAAAAUUUAAGUCAAUCAACUGAGUCGUCGUUCGGGUGGAAAACCUAUGAACCGGUGGUCUUUCCGAUCAGUGAAAAACAUUUCAUCGCUGGUCAUUGGGUAAAAAGUAACGGAGCCGCUGAUAGAGUUGGCAGUGGUCUACUCUAUUGGUGCCAUCGAAGAACAAGAGUACUAUCACGGGAUAAGCGCCAAAGUAGGCGCCGACCUGACCCGGGCUACCGGCCAAUACUGGCUGUGUGUUGUCGGUACCAUCGAGUCGUACGACAUACAACUGUCACAUUUUGUCGCCUAUAUUAUUGUAACCAUCGAAAACAUGGAGGUCAUGUUGUUGGCCACUAACCGUACCCGAUAUACAUAUGACCCGAACAUUAAUUUUGAACUACCGGACAACGACUACGAUUAUCACCUUCAGUCAACUAUAGCUGAAUAUCAAACAGUAUCAGCAAAUACCGAUAGUAUUGAUAAUAAUAAUGAGGAACGAUAUGUAUUGGACAGUAGGCCAUCCAUUGAGAUUAUACGGUGCGAGUUAAAUGACACUAUACGUGAACUAACGGUGCAGACAAUAGAUUAUGCAUUGAAUAUCUGUUCAAACAACUAUAUGUGUGCCACUAGUAAACUGUUGGCUGCUCUCAAUCGUCAAUAUGUAGCACAUCAUAAAAGAAAGUCAACAAAUAGUAUGGAUGAUACCGGUGCUGAUCAACAGCAAUGGCAAGCGAUUAUCACAAGCAAUACCAUUAAGGAUCAGACUGUCAUUGGUGUGGAUUAUAUAUCCGGUUCAAUGUUGGACGUACUGUACAAUUAUCGCCAUCGAGUAUUACUCUAUAAGAUACAUACCGGUGCUCCAUCAAAACAAAUUUCAGAAAUGUCAGUUAUUAUGUCAGCCCGUAUAGCACUGGCUAAGAACCGGGUCAUAAUUAUCGAGCAGAAUCUUAUAGAUAGUUCUACCGGUGCCCGACUAACUAAUACCAGAGUCGAAGCACUUGUAUUAUCAGAAAUUAAACGAGUUUAACCGCACAUUAAGUACCGGUCAUUACAAAAAACUUGGCGAACCAUU